GUGGGUGGGGGCGGGGCUGCUGGUGGUGGUGGUGUUUCAGCACCGCGGACAGCUCCUGUCUCUGGUCUCUGGGCUGCAGGGAGAAACAGCUGGACGAGACUACACACCGCUUCACUUCGAUCCACAGACCGCCCCGAGCCCGCCCCACGCGAUCCACGCGAGAACAGGCUGUCCGUGUUUCUCCUCCGGUCUGACUGCUGUGUUCUGUGGCCUCGCUGAGGACUCCAACCUCGGUUAACUGCAUCGCCUCUGCGCCUUCCGUCCGCUGGCUCCUCUCCUCUUCCUGUUGUUGGCGGCCACGGUGUUGUGGGGUUUUCGGGGAGGGCGGGGCGGAGGAGCAAAGUUCACUUCUUCUUUGCUCUGAUUAUUUUUGGUGUCGUGCACCUGUGUGUGACAUGUGCGUGUGCACGCCGCCGCUCGCUGCCCGGGUUCGUCUGCAGGCUCGGGAGCGCAUGUUCCUCCGGGAUGCAGAAGAAGAAGUUGUGUAGUUCCUCUCGCGCUCUGCUGUGAGACAGGUGUGCUGCAUCUGCAACGUUGGCUGGGAUCCUCGCAGCAGAGUGCCACGGACUCGCUCGUUUCACGUGGACAAACGUCAGAGAGCACGAUGAGGAGCCUCUGUGACUUUUUAAAUUGCACCUAAGAGAGAGAGAGAGAGAGACGGGGGUGGGGGUCCCUGUUAGUGCCCCGGCACUGCUGCAGGAACACACGCUUUGUUUCUUUAGCUGCUUAAACCGCUGGGAUCGCGCGUGACAGUGGACACUCGGACAGCGCAGAGAGCACCGCUGUGCCGCUCACCUCUUUACCCCUAACCUGAAAACAGAGCCCGACACGCGGGGAACGAAAUGAAGAAGUUCCGGAAGGUGCUGGACGGCCUGACCACCUCCUCCCCGGGAGCCACUGUGGGCUCUCCGUCGUGCGGCAGCGCGGCCGGGACUCCCACGACGGCUCCAACUCCGAAGGAGAUCGACGUCCAGGAGACGCUGGUGUCGGAAAACUUCCAGCUGUGUAAGACGGUGCGUCAUGGUUUCCCUUACCAGCCCACCGCUUUGGCCUUUGACCCCGUGCAGAAGAUCCUGGCCAUCGGUUCGAGAUCUGGUGGAGUACGAAUACUGGGCCGACCUGGGGUGGACUGCUACUGUCAGCAUGAGAGCGGAGCUGCUGUUCUUCAGCUGCAGUUUCUCAUCAAUGAGGGGGCGCUGGUCUCAGCCUGUGCAGACGACACGUUGCACUUGUGGAAUCUGCGCCAGAGGCGGCCGGCCAUCCUGCAUUCACUCAAGUUUAACAGAGAGAGGAUCACAUUUUGCCACCUGCCCUUUCAGAGUAAAUGGCUGUAUGUGGGGACGGAGCGCGGGAACACACACAUCGUCAACAUCGAGUCCUUCAUUUUGUCCGGAUACGUCAUCAUGUGGAACAAGGCCAUCGAACUAUCAACUAAAACUCACCCAGGACCAGUCGUUCAUUUGAGUGACAGCCCAAAGGAUGAAGGAAAGCUGCUUAUAGGGUUUGAGAGCGGGACGAUCGUGCAGUGGGACCUCCGGGGCAAGAAGGCUGACUUCAGGAUCUACUACGAUGAGGCCAUCCACUCUGUCAGCUGGCAUCACGAAGGGAAGCAGUUCAUGUGCAGUCACUCGGACGGCAGCCUGACGCUGUGGAACCUCAGAAACACCACCAAGCCAUUCCAGGUCACCUUCCCUCACGGAAAGAUACAGAAGGAUGCGAGGAAGGAGUCGUGCAAACCUAUUCUCAAAGUGGAAUACAAGACCUGCAGGAACAGUGAGCCUUUUGUUAUCUUCUCUGGGGGUCUUUCAUAUGACAAGGCGGGACGACGGCCGGCACUGACGAUCAUGCACGGCAAGGCCAUCACUGUGCUGGAGAUGGAUUACCCCAUAGUAGAGUUCAUGGUGCUGUGCGAGACUCCUUACAACAACGAGGUCCAGGAGCCUUACGCUGUGGUCGUGCUUUUGGAGAAAGACUUAAUCGUGGUGGAUCUAACACAGAGCAACUACCCCGUCUUUGAGAACCCGUACCCCAUGGACAUCCAUGAGUCGCCAGUGACCUGCACGGCCUAUUUCGCAGACUGUCCACCAGACAUCAUCCCCAUCCUCUACUCCAUAGGAGCGAAACACAAGAAGACUGGCUACAGCCAGAAGGAGUGGCCAAUCAGUGGAGGGACCUGGACAUUAGGCUCCCACACUUAUCCAGAGAUCAUCAUCACGGGGCAUGCUGACGGAUCGAUUAAGUUUUGGGACGCAUCUGCAAUCACGCUGCAGAUGUUGUACAAGAUGAAGACCUCCAAAGUGUUCGAGAAGCCAAAGCCAGGCGAGGGCCGCGCCACCGAGCUGGUGGAAGAAGACCCGUUUGCUAUUCAGAUGGUCAGCUGGUGCCCUCAGAGUCGCAUCUUCUGCGUGGUCGGCAUCUCAGCUCACAUCAUCCUCUAUCGUUUCAGCAAAUAUGAUGCCAACACUCAGAUAGUGUCUCUAGAGGUGCGUCUGCAGUGUGACUCGGAGGACGUCAUCUCUCCAUCAGAGAAUGAAAACAAUCCCAGCUUCUCAGAGCCCGGCUCCCACUCACCCCAACCGCACCAUCACCACCAACACCCAGCCAGCCCAGGCAGCAGGACACCAGAGGGCAUCAAAGACAGCAUCCCCUGCCUCAAGGUGAAGGACCGGGCAGUCCGGGUUCCUCCUGGCUACCAGUCAGAGUUGGUCAUCCAGCUCCUCUGGGUAGAUGGUGAACCUCCACAGCAGAUCACCAGCCUGGACAUCAACUCAGCCUACGGCCUCCUGGCGUUCGGGAAUUGUAACGGCCUGGCGGUGGUGGACUACUUGCAAAAAACUGUCAUAUUAUGUAUGUCGACACUGGAUCUGUACGGAAGCACCGACCCCUACCAGCGCCUUACCCGUUCCCCCCGCAGGAACAGGCAGUCCACCUCAGAGUUUUGCAUGCGCGGCCUGUCUAACUUUUAUUCAGAUUCAAAGAAAAGGAUCCGUACAUCCUAUCAGAGCCUUACUGAACUCACUGACAACCAGCAGUCGAUUGACAUGGAGAGGAGCAAGUCGCCCACUUCAGUUCAUUACCCAACCUCCCUUCACAAUGACCCCCGCGUCCUGCCAGAGCCUGUGGCCAGUCUGAGAGCCAGCCACUGCAGUCCAGUCUUUUACUUACUGGAUAAUGAUCAUGUCAAUGGACAUUGCACUAGCCCCACCUCCCAGCCCUGCUCAGCGGGGAAGCCUCGCAUUCCGAUGGGUCCCGAGGGGCCACGGCUUACCCGCAGAGGCCCUGGCCGACCGCCCUUCCGCAAGGCCCAGUCCGCUGCUUGCAUGGAGAUCUCUUUGCCUGUGUCCCACACUGAAGGGCAUGCAUCCAGGAGGGCAAUGCUCCAGCAGUUACACGGAGUCACUAUGUACUCCCACGAUGAGCACCACAGCACCACCUCCUACUGCUGGAGUGACCGAGAGAGUCGUGAAAACUCCUUCACCCGCUCGCGCAGUUCCAGCGUUUCCAGCAUCGACCGCGACACCAAAGAGGCCGUCACCACGCUGCAGUUCGGAGAGUCGUACGGGCGCAAGAACGAUGUCCUGCCCACCCCGUGUCUGUGGGUGGGCACUAGCUUAGGCGUGGUGCUGCUCAUCCCCAUGUCCAUCCCCACUGAUCAGGAGGAAAGGAUGGAAGAGCCUGUCACAAUGGGCGUAAGUGGAGCGGUGCUGAUGCUGAAGGGCUCUGUGUUACGCUUCAGCUUCUUGGACUGCAUGGGAGCUCUCAUUCAGACCCCCUACGAGGUUUGGCGGGACCACAACGCCCCCGAGGACCCCGACCGACCGCGGAGGCGCAAGCUGGUCCACUUUUCGCCGUCGUCCUCCCAGGACGCCUGCGGAGACGGACACUUGGCUGUGGUGUGCUCUGAGAGGCAGGCCAAAGUGUUCCUGAUGCCCUCGCAGUCUUGCCUGUUUGUCCACAACAUCACAGAGUCGUCCUUUGUGCUGAGGGCUGACGUGGUGUCUGUGUGUAACAGCGUGUGCCUCGCCUGCUUCUGUGCAAACGGACACGUCAUGACGCUCAGUCUGCCCAGCUUAAGACCUCUCAUGGAUGUCAAUUACCUGCCUCUGACAGACAUGCGCAUUGCAAGAACCUUUUACUUCACCAAUGGGGGGCAGGCACUGUAUCUCAGCUCCCCCACAGAGAUCCAGAGAAUUACAUACAGCCAGGAGAUGUGUGAUAACCUGCAGGAAAUGCUGGGAGAGCUGUUUACACCAAUAGAAACACCAGAAGCCCAGAACCGAGGAUUUUUAAAAGGCUUCUUUGGAGGAAAUGCCCACACCUUUGACAGAGAAGAGCUCUUCGGCGAGGCUGCGGCUGGGAAGGCUUCUCGGAGUCUUGCGCAGCACAUCCCUGGACAGGGAGGAGUGGAGGGCAUGAAGGUCGCCGCUAGUGGAGCGGUGGGCGAGCUGGCGAGGGCGCGCAUUGCUCUGGAUGAGAGAGGCCAGAGGCUGGGGGAGCUGGAGGAGCGCACCGCCCUAAUGAUGACUAGUGCAGAAGUCUUCUCCAAGCACGCUCAUGAGCUGAUGCUGAAGUGCAAGGACAAGAAGUGGUACCAGUUCUAAUAGCAGGACGGAGGCCUCGGUCUGCCCUCAUGCUGCUGGGAACGAUAUGCCGCGACGGGACUUUCACUUCAAAAAUGAAAGCAUUCAAAGAGAGGCACAGUGACUUUGUCUUUAUGGCUUCUGGCUUGGCUUCAUGCACACACUGUCACAUCGCUGAGUGAUGAGGACGGGCUAGUUCCCCGUCUAGACCUGCAGCGAGAAGGACGGUGAGGAGAUGGCGGCAUUUGAAGGUCUGAAGAUGGAACUGGAAGUGUCUGAGUGUGUGUGUGUGUGUGUGUGUGUGUGUGUGUGUGUGUGUGUGUGUGUGUGUGUGUGUGUGUGUGUGUGUGUGUGUGUGUGGUUUUUCUGGACCUUACUGUGUAGAUAGUCAAAAACUAAGAAACCAACAAGAAAUGCAUGAAACAGCAAUGAAUGACUAAAAAUAUACAACUGCCAUAUUAAAAAGCAGCAUGCUACUUUAACAUGAGAGUCAAACAUAAAAAGACGUUUUAUUUAUGAUGUAAGCCAACAACACAAAUUAUGAAAAACUUUCUAUUUUUUGAGAUAUUAACAAAAAAUGAUAUAUAAAAAGGGAAAUGUAUACCUGCAUUGCUACUAAGCCAAAAGUUGUGUUACUUUCCCUUUUUUUAAUGUUUCUUUUUCUUUUUACUCCUUAGUCUCAGCUCAUAUUACUUCACACACUAUAUAUAACAAACGCACACAGUUAACUUUGUCUACACACACUUAAAAACCGCUAAAACGUUGUUCGUACUCUGGGCUGCACAGUGCAAAUGAAAUAUAAAUCAGUUGUAUUAACACUCAGCUCUCAGCAAUCUAGUUCCACUUUUCAGCUGCUGCAACUUACAAACCCGUGAAAUGAACAUGAGGGAAGACGUGGGUGUGGGAGCGUAUUGUGGUCAGUGUGUUUAUAUCUAUACUACAAACUUACAUUCACGUGCCAUAAAAACCACGGAGGAGCUGAUCCACGGGUUUCCUGUGGCUCACAGCAGAGGAGAACGGUGACCGUGGCGGGCGUUUCUCAAAUGAAAAUAUGAAGGUGUGUUUUAGUUGUCCCCGAUCUUUGAGUCUAUCGCUGCCUUCGUCAGACGUUAGGUCACGUGUGCAGGUGUGAGUGAGGCAGAAAGAGAACCACAACCUGGACCCUCCCUCAGCCAGAGCAUCCAACGUGAACGACACCCUCGCAUCUCUCUCCACCUCGCUCUGCAGUUUGUGCAUUCUGGUGUGCAACCCGAGCAGUCGUCUUUUCAUAAUGACAGGCAGUACUCGUGGUGAUUGUCAGCGUCUUUGUGAUGGGAACAUGAAGAGGAGUUGUUUGUCAGUAAGCGGUUCGGGAGAAGUAACAGUUUUUUCCAGUGAUGUUCAGCCGUCGAGUACGUGAAAAAAAAAAUGAAGGCGUUCGUUUGGUUUUGGUUUCUUUUCCUUUCGAUAUCGUUCUUGAUGACUAUGACUAUGAUAUCCUUGUGUCGCAGUCCUAUAUUUGAUGGUUACGGCCUCUUUAACGAAGGCUUUUGUAUUUUAAAAACAACAAAUGUGUCAUGAUACAUGGUCGUCGUGUAUCACAUCGUGAUUGUGUUACGUGUCAGUGGGUAGCCACACGACAAGGACUAACAACAUCGAGUGAGGAGGAUAUUUUGUACUUGUGUAUUUGUCUGUAUUUUGAACUGAAAACUCAAACACGGGAUAACCGGCAUCCGUCUCUCACACACAUCAGACCUUUAUGCUGAUCGCGUCGGCGUCACUCCCGCGUGAAACGUGCACGGCAGCACAUACAUCCAUAACCUGAAAUAAUGAGAGGAACAUGUGAAUCUGCAUUGCUAAUCAUCUUUGCCUGCUUCCUGUCAGGCGGCUGAGACAUUCCUGAGGCUCGAGCGGCCUUCACACACGUUUAUUUUUACCGACUUCACCUGAAAUCCUACAGCCGAGCUACCUGGAUUUCAGAGAUUACACGACUUGGUUCAACGGGGUGUCUAAAACACAUCAAACUAAUAAUGCCGUUCUCUCUUAUCUCUGUACCGUCAAUGAGAUUUGUGUAAGUGCAGAAAAAACAACACAAAACCAAAAUACACAAAAAAAUUACAAAAAAACUCAGAUUCUGCUGACAGGGUGUUUUGUUAGAAGGUUUUUGGUUUCUAUGUUUUCAGUUUUUAUAUUAACUGUACAGUUCAAUCUUGGGUGAAAGGUGAAACAAAAAAAUAAAAAAUAAAAUAUAUUCUUGGGAUAUUUUCUGGUAUCUGUUGUACCUGUUACUGCUGGUACUGUAUCUGGUAUUCUGGCUCUGUUUAAAUCACAGGAACUAUGUAGUUCUUCACACUGUAGUAUGUUAAAGAGGCAUUCACUUGGUUUUCUCAAUGAUGGCAGCAAAGUUUGUCUUAUUUAAAUGGAUUCUACCACUUUUUGUUCUUCUUGAUAUUAUACUAGUGUAAUAGAAAUUACUUGACAAAAAAUGAUCUGAAAAUAUGUUGAUGCAACAGCAAAUUGAAA